AUGGCGAAUUUUAUAGACUUCACAGCCCAGUAUGCCGAUCUAGUACCAGCGAGACCAAUCGAGCAUUUGGGGAAUACGGAUCUUAGUUUUGGUGGGAGAAUUGAGCCACCUCUGAAAAUUCAUGAAGACGGCGGCGAGCAAGGCUGUGGGGGUAAAGUUUGGGCAGCUGGUGAGCUGUUAUGUGAAUACUUGAUAGACAAAAGUGAUUCAGAUGGCUUUCUUUCGUUAAGUAGUCAAACGUUGAAGGCUAAAGGUUUAUAUACAAAUAUUUUGGAAUUAGGCAGUGGAACGGGACUGGUUGGAAUAUGUGCCGGGUUUCUGGCAAGGUCCAGAAAUAUCCAGGCACGAAUUUCAACGACAGACAUUGAUAACUUGAUCGAACUCAUGAGCACCAAUACUAAACUGAAUGGCUUAGAGAAGUUUGUAUUUCCCGAGACUUUGAUGUGGGGCGAACCUUUAAAUCCCAAGUUUGAAGCAGACGCUUCGAACAAUAUAGACUUGGUGUUGGCUGCUGAUUGUGUGUAUUUAGAAGCAGCCUUUCUACUCCUGGAGAAGACUCUUUUGGAUCUAACAGAAGGUGAACAUCCACCGACUGUCUUAAUGUCUUACACUAAGCGACGGAAAGCCGACAAGGUCUUCUUUCGUCAUAUAAGGAAGCAUUUUGAAGUCAUCACGGUCACUGACUUCGAUAGGUACGAACACUACAAGCUCAAGCGGACUCACUUAUUCCACCUAGUUCGCUUACAGUAG